CAAGUCGUUUCCUUCAGAUCUGUUGUGUAGUCUUGCUGUCAGUUGAAUUUUCUUUGUUUCUCGACCCGCAGCAUUUCCCAUAGACACAGUGAGGGCCCAGAAACCUGCUUCGCUCGGAGCUGUGGGCAGCUUGCUGGGAUCCUUCCAGGAAAGGGAUAUAAAUGGAGAGAAAAAUGAUAUUCCAAUUUGUUACCAUUUUCUUGUCUCUGGGCCCGGUCCGGUUGAAGGAACAUCUGGAGAACCCUGGUACUGCAGAUGAUGGUCACAAGGAUUUCUUGAGCAAUGAGGCAGGACUGGGCAAAGGGCAUGAGAAGUCUCACCAUCAGACCCUUGAGAAGAUUCAGAGACGCGUUGACACCGAAGUGGGUGGCUGGGGCUUUGAGGAGGUCCAGGGAACCAACCAGCCCUACCCUUACGUUCGCAGCACCACCACCUCGGUUACUUCCAGGAGACAAUCGUCAUUCACCAGUGCACGGAAGCCCUUGAAGUCCCCACCAAACAGGAACUGGUGUGCCUUUGUGAAGUCGAGAUUGUCCACUACUGUGGUUUCAUGUGGAGUGGAACGGUUUGUCCAAAGGCCAACAGAGCCCUGUGUCAACUGCCAGAACACAGUGUACCAGCUUGCUCUUAAGCCCAUUUACAAGGUGAAGCAGAUGAUCGUCACCUCCUUGGAGUGGAGGUGUUGUCCAGGAUACGUGGGACCCAAUUGUGAACACACAGUUCCCCAGGAGCUCAGAGCAACAUCCCUAAAGAAGCCACCAGGGAGGGAGCAAGUGACUGAAGAAAUCAUAAAUCCAACAGAACGUCUUCUGUCAAGCGACAGCCGUCAGAACCAGGAUCUGGAACUGCUUCAGCAACAGGAUGACAUUUCUGCUCCCGCUGCCAUCAUGCAGGGCUUCCACCAUGUAUCGAGCAGCCCAAGGAAAAUAAACCACUCAAAGGAAAGUAAUGGAAACCAAACAGAAUUACCAGACCUUCAGGAUGCGGUAAAGUCUCAUGUUGAAAACUUUUUGAAUCAGCACCUUCAUUCCUUAUGGACAAGCAUGAACAGCAGCAUACUGGUCCUGUCUAACAAAGUCUUCAAUUUGUCGCAAGGUAUAGAGAUCGACAGGGCGAAUCAUAAUAAGCUUUUAAAACAUCAAAGGGAACUUGAAGAACUGGGUAUCAGGUUAAAACUGAAACUUGAUGAAAACAGUGAGCAGCUACAUAAACUUGAAGACACAUUGAGAGGUCAACAAUGGAGAGUUGAUAAAGAGCUGCAUGCUCAGAGGGUUAAUGUUGACCAUAACAUGACCACAAUUAAGACGGAGAUCGACCUAAAGGUCAAGCGCAGUCAGAAGUUGAUCCAGAUUAAAUCACAACUUCUAGAUAACACAACAGCCAAAUUAAGGAAAGAUCAAGAUAGACUUUGGCAAGAAAUCUAUGUUUUAAAUCAAAGUAUAGCAAAAACAGCUAAGCUCCAAGGACCAAAAUUAUGUUCAUCAUGCAACUUGAAAGAUGCUCACCAAGAAAUGGGAAUGACAAAAGAAAUCUCCGAUAAACUCAGUGCUGCUCUUCAAAUUCAUUCAAGCAAUCUAACAAAUGUAUUGUGUGGAUUGUGUGAUCCUGCAUCAGACCAGGUUGCCACUUUGCAACAAGCGUUGGAGAAGCAGGAGUCCAGCUGUGCAGAAAUGAUAGCUGGCCUUAAGGUAGAAAUGAAUCAAAAACUGAAUAAGACCUGGGCAGGUUUUAUGGAAGUAGCGCUGGGACUGAAUGUCUCCUUUAACCGUCAAAACUUAGGUCACAAUGAACUUAUUUCCAAACUCAACAAUAAAGUUAAAGAACUGGAUCAGCUGUUGUAUGGUAUACCACAAGUUGAGCAGCUUUGUGACUGUCAAAAAUUAUCUGCAGAUAAUAGUUUGGUUAUUGAUAACCUGAGAAAUGCCAGUGAAUUUAUGGACAAAAUGCACGUUGAUCUGAAUUAUGUCAAGCAGCAAGAACUAGAACUAAGCAACAGCUUAAAUGAUUCUGUGCAAGACCUCUUCAUGGCUUUACAACAAAUUCGUCAACAAAUCCAGGACUUCCAGUUCUUGCAGGAAGGAAAGCAAAAUACUUUAACAGAAGACAUCUUAAAACUUGAGAGGAAUUCUGCCAUGAUUAUGAAGGAUAUUAGCUCUUUGAAAAAAUUUGACGCUAUCAUGGACUCUCGUAUUAAAUACCUCAAUAGUUCAUUCAAUUCCCUUCUGGAGGAUGCUUUGAGGCACACACUGAUUUUGGAGCACUUGUUGGAACAAGAUAUAUUAGAGGUUACAUCUGAGGGUGCAUCAGAUCUUCAACUUCUUUCUAUGAGCACUUUAUAUCAAAUCCUAAACGAGACAGAGAAAAAUCUUGCGGCUCAUGAAAUUAUUUUGGAAGAUAUCAAAAUGAAGUUGCAGCUUCUUGAUGAAGACAGGAUGAGUAAUGAAAUACAUGAACUAACUGGUGCUGAGGAAAAAGAAGAAAACUUCUUGAAAGAAAGUUCUUCAGAAAUAGAUGAUACAGAUGACCCUCAAUAUAUGGAAACAGAAAAUGAGGCAAUUGAAGAAAAAUGGGAUGAUUUACAACAUGGAACCAGUGAAAUAUCAUUCAAGAAAAAAGACAUCGAGAUGUUGAACCUACAAUUAGUUAAAUUGAAGUCCCACUGUAAUUCCAAAGACAAUUACUAUAAUCAUAGCUUGGAACAGAUGAAGGAGCAGUUUACAGAGUCAGUAGAGUCUCUGCAGCUGGAUGUAUCAUCUUUGAAGCAGCUUCUGGAAAGUCACAUCUCCGAGUUUCAGAAGCUCAUUGGCAAUACAGACAGGCUUUCUAACGGGACAUUCCACACAGGACGAGGUGGUUUAGGCUUAAAGCGAACAAGAAAGCAGCACAGGGAAAAUCACCAUGGCAAUAAACAUCUGGGCAUUUAUAGAAAUUUUUCAGCUGUAGGCAACGGAAAGAGAAGCCUAUCUGCACAGGAAUUCCAGGCUGCAUUUUUCGUGGGACUUUCCAACAAUUCUGAAACUAGCAAGAUUUUGAAUUUUGACUGGAUUUUUCUUAACUAUGGAGAUGGCUAUUUAAAGGAAAAAGGCUAUUUCAAAGCUCCCUUCAAAGGCAUCUACAUGUUUGUGGUGACUGUGGAAUUUGGCCAAGGCCCUGGUCUUGGUGCUCUUUCAGUUGAUGGCCAGCAUGCAUUCAUACUUCAGGGUAGCACACAGAGCAGCAGAGACUGGGGCUAUGCUAUUCUUGAGCUCAACAAAGGACAACACGUGUGGGUGGAGGUGACACAAGGCUCUGUAAUUCAAUGGACUCAUCUGGAAACCACAUUUGGAGGAUUUCUUUUAUUUAAAACAUCCUAA